GGGAAGAGCGAAAUCACAAGGCCAGUCAGUGAUCGCACUGUCAGGUUUUUUUGAGCCGGCCAAAUAAUCUUCGCCAGCAGCCGACACUACAAGAGGGCUUGCCACCCAGUACCCCUUGCAGUUGACAGCGGCAGAAUCAGGGAACGUAAUAAAAGAACUUGAUAGCUCGAGCACCGUAGUAGUGUUGUAUGGGAGCUUCGCAGGAUUUUUGAAAAUGAUUCAACUGAAAAAGGAGUGAAACUAACGAAACUUGCUUUAAUCAAUAUGCACGAAGCAGCAUUUCAUGAAAGGAGGAUCUCACCACCGAAUACACCGGUUUCGCUUCCUAUUCUAAUUUUUUAUAGAUGCAUUUCUACGACGGUUGAUGUCAAAAUGACGUGGAAAGCCUGGGGUGACAACAUAGUGAACCAGGACAUAAGGUCAAGCAUUGCUGUGAAGAACCUGGCCAUUGCUCUGUGGGGAUCCAGUGUCCUGCAGAGGACUGUGGUCGAAAUGGCGUCGAAUGUCAGUCUUAACAAGGACAGCAGGCUGCCUCUGACACCCAAGAAAGCGGCAUUCCUAAGAGAAUGCCUAAUGAUGAAGCUCCGUGGCCAAAAGCACCAUGCAGAUGUCAUUGCUGUAAUGUCGAGGACAGCAAAAGUAAACCACAUACUGGGAGAAAAAAUGAACGACCGGCGAAAGCAAGAGAAAUGAAGAGCCAAUCGGUAAAUAAAAAUAGAACCAGCCGGUUCUUGGCAAUGGUCUGCAGUGAAA